AUGACAAAAGAACCUAGUUUACCAGCUAGAAGGCGAGCCAUUCGCAAGAUCAACUACAAUGAAAGAGAUGCUGACGAAGACGUGGUUCGACGAAUUCAAAUGAUGGAAAAAACUCGAGAAUCAAUCCACGCUGCUUCGAUUGGCAAGGUCAAAGUCCAUAAAACGAAGCAUCAAGACUACUUAAAUGACAAGACUGUAGGCUGGAAUUUUAUACCGUCACUACCGCCAACUUUUAGAAAGCACAGCCGCUUUUCCAACAUAUUAGAUUUGGAAAAUGCUAAUGUGGACGUGAAGACUGACGUCUUAAGUCAAGGCAAUUCUAUUCUUCUGAAAAAAGACGACCACAUUUACAUGGUUUCAGAGCCUCCUGGCGAACCGUACUAUAUCGGAAGAAUUGUACAGUUCGUUUCAAAACCUGAAUUUCGCCAACUUAUAGAUGAGGGUCGGAAAUACGUGAGCUCUUUUCCUGCAAAAUAUUUCCAAGUGAAAAUGAACUGGUAUUACAGACCCCGAGACGUGCAAGAAAAAUCACAGAAUGUGAGCUCAAGGCUUGUUUAUGCUUCGUUGCAUAUGGAUAUGUGCCCUAUAUAUUCUUUUCGGGGGAAAUGCACUGUAGUACACAGAUCCACUUUAGAUAUACCAGAGGAUUCUCGAUACGAUCUUUUGACAAAACCAAACACAUUUUACUUCGACCAACUUUUCGACAGAUACACACUUCAAUAUUACGACAUUUGGAGCACUCGGAAGCAACUUUUACAAUUAGCCCCCAGUUCUGUAUACCUUUCCACUGUGGCUAAAUUGUACCCUUUUGUAUUUGUUGAGGAGCAAUACCCUUUGAAACAAGUAAUUGAAAAAUAUGUCCUAGGUGCAAAGUUGCCAAAGGAACAAGAUUGGGACCUAAAAUGUGCCGAAUGUGGAAGUUGGUGUGAGAAAAACAUAUGUGUCAAAUGCGAUGAAUGUCACAUUCCAGUGCAUCUUUACUGUUUGGAUCCCCCUCUUGAGCGACGGCCUGUGAAAGGUGUUAUAUGGGUCUGCUCAAAAUGUAUCAAUAACAAUGAUGCCUCCAGCAAUGACGACUAUAAUGCACAUUCUCUCGAAAGCAAACUAAAAAAAAGCAUUCAGCAUAAUGAUCGCUCUCCAAAAUGCUCAGAAAAUCUAUGGUUUCACUAUUUGGGUUCAAAAGUCGUUGAUCAUUUACAAGAUAUUUUAACACCCGAACUCAUGCUCCCAUACCCUAUCAAAACUCUAAGAACAGGAUCCAAAUAUCAGUGGGAUGGGUGUGAAAAUGAUAGUUGGAGAGCGAAGCCGUAUGAAGAUGACCUAAGCAGCCGCGGGGCAGACAAAAACAUGGAUAUUUUGUGGAAAACUGACUAUUCCAAAAUCAGCGCAAAAGAACUCGACAACUAUGUUCGAAAAUGUCAGGAACGGUUUCCACCCGAGCUGGACAUAUUGCCUCAGACCUGCAAUUUUUGGGAUAUGAUUCUGAAGAUUUUAGUCUCGAACGAUUAUAAUUCUGAGUUAGCUAUGAAGGUUUGUGCCAAAAGCUUAUCAAGAGAAACACUGCGCGAGCCCUCAUUUUCUGAGAAAGAGAUCAAAAAAUUUGAGGAAGGCGUUGCAAAACAUGGGAGCGAAUUACAUCCGGUUUGCAAACAUGUUAAAACCCAACCAAUGGCUAUGAUCGUAAGAUUUUACUACCACUGGAAGAAAACGGCUAAUGGUAGACAGAUAUGGGGUAACUUUGAAGGCAGAAAGAAGAAUAAGAAUAAGGGCCUCAUGGGCUCUAAGAAGAAAACCGAGGAUGUCAAUAAGCAGUCAAGGGUCAGAAAACCAUCAAAGAUAUUCAGAGAGAGUGAAGCUAAUAAUAGCAAGGAAUGGAAACAUAUAGACGAUUCUUCUUUUGACUCCGAGAAGAUUUCGACAUUGAAGACAUUUUUCAAGUGCAUGUUUUGUGAUGUAGACUAUUCUCCUCUUUGGUAUCGUGUAACCGGUGGGUGUGAUGAUGACCACAUCAAGACUAGGAUGAUCACCGGGGUGAACGAGAAAACUUCGACAUCAGACAAAUUACCCCGCCAGUCUCGUAAAGUUGGCGAUAGUGAUUCGGGGCCCUCUUUGGAAGCACUUUGCAUAAGAUGUGCUCGGUUAUGGAGAAGAUAUGCAGUCAGAUGGGACAGUCCAAUGGAUGUGGUAAAGAGAAUUAAUGGGAAAUAUUCUUCUAGUGUACGAACUGCCUUAGACGCGCUUUUAAGUGAUUCUAACAAUACUACAGUCAAAAUAUCACCCAACGUUUUGUCUGACAAAUGUGUCGAAUGGGAGCUCGUUCAGGAUUCUGAAUUGAUCAUAAAGCAGCGCUUGCAGAUAAUUGCCGACUCCGAGCGCCUCGCUAAAAUGAAGAGAAAUUGUCUUUCGGUACAUGCACAACUUAGCAAAGUUGUUAAACGCUUAGUGGAGAUAGACACAUAUGCGGAGGAGAAAAUGUUAAAAGAGCUGAAAAGCUUUGUUGAUGGUUACAUUCACGAAGCUCAGAGAAAAGAGAAGAAAUCCAAGGGUAGAAAGGGGAAGGCUCAAAUCGCUCGAAUAGAAGAAGUCGCACAGUUAAAAGCUUCAGUUCCAGACACUGAGAACAGACCUCCGAACUCUAAUAAUCAGUCAGAGAGUAUAAACAUCUCGGAAUCAAGAAUAAAGGGUGAACCUGUAACAUCAUCUUUGGUAACUCAAAAACAAAUUCCGCUAGCGCCCAUAGCGCCCAAAAAUGAGAUCGUGAUUCCUUGCGGUGAAAAUGUAUUGGACGUUUUUAUUGAUGAUGGAAGGACAAAAAUAGGUCAAAUCAAGGUCGACGCGGAGUUUGAAACUCUCAGACUAUCAGAAGAUCUUUUCUUACACAUUUUUAAGUCAGAUCAGGUCGCUGGAAACUCUAUGGCUCAAUCGCAAUCACAUUCUUUUGACCUCGUGAAGGAUGCUGGAAAUACAAAAGCAUUGGCAGUGAAUGGUCACCUUAAAAGUGAUUCAUUUCUCGAAUUCUAUCAAGUUACAAACGGAUCUAACAUUCCAGUUAUUCCGGAUCGUAGUUUCGCGGAAAUCGCUGAAGCUUAUCACAAUCACAACCCCUUAUACUAUGAAUGGUCGCAAGGUAAACCCCCAAAGUUAACCUACGAACAGCUUCAGAAGACGAUCAAAGGAAUCUCUACCUUGACCCACAAUAAUCUGGGUAGGCGAGUAAAAUCACCGUUCCAGUCAGCCAGUGAAGUGAAGCAAGAGGAGCAAGUGUCUAUGCGGGACUUUUGCUGCGUAUGUCAUGGCAAAUUCAAAGAAAGCCUUAAUGAGGAGAUAAUUUGUGGAAAGUGUGGUUUGAAUGUUCAUUAUUACUGCUACGGUUUGGAUAUCCCAGUUCAUUGCAAGAGUCGAAAAGAUGGUCUCGCUCUUAAAAGCUUACAGUGGUUUUGUGAUGUCUGUUCGAAUGAUUUGAAUCCAAUCACAACACUAAACUAUCAAUGCUGUCUAUGUAACGCGAACGAGAUUGAUCAGGAGGGCGCCAAAAAGCAAUUGAGUAGAUCAAUCCCCGAUGCUUUGAAGAUAACGUCAAAUGGACAAUGGUGUCAUGUAAGCUGCUCACUUUUCAAUGAGAAUAUUAAUUACAAUUGUCCAGGAAAAUUGCAAUGUGCUGGCGAUAUUAGUGCCUCCCUAAUGCAAAACAGGAUUCUAGCUUGCAAGAUAUGUGGUAUGACAGGCGGUGGUCUUGUUCGGUGCAACGAAUGUUUGCUAAUGUCCCACGUCACUUGCGCUCAAGACACACCAGGAUAUCUUUUUAGAUUUCAAACAUAUCCUUCAGAAAAAGGUUUGGAUGAGGAACGAAUUAUAAGAGAUGGUGUCGAUUCUUUUACAAUUAAACCAAUAUUGAUCUGUCCUGGUCAUAAGCUUUCUUCCAGAAAAUACUUACCAUUGGAUCACGAAAUCAAGUCUGGUUUAACGUUGCUCGAGCUAUAUUGCAACAACUACAAAUGUUCACCUGAGUAUCAAAAGGGAACCGUGAAAAUGGCGACUGACAAUUUAAGAGCCGUUGAGAACUCGAGUGGCUCUCAGUUUAGCUUACAAAAUUCCCACUCAACACCGAAGGGCACAAGGCCUGUCCAGGAUAACAAUAGUGGCUUAUUGAACAAGGAAAAACAAUGCAUUCGAUGCAGAGGUGAAGUGUCCAUUUUCUGGUUUGAUAACGUGUGUCACUCGUGUUAUAAUAGCAUUCCCAUUUUGGCAGUCGACAUGCCUGAGUAUGAGAAAGAAAGCGACAGUGAAUGCAACAUGUUAGAUACGAAACGAAAUUUGAUACUUGAAGAAAAGUAUCUCAAAGACAUAUCCAUGGAGGGCGUUGUAUCAGCGAUUACUGGACCACCAAAAGCAAAGAGACCACGGGCAGCUGGGGUACCUAGAGGUAGAAAAAAGACUAAAAGUGUAAAAGGUUCAGACUUGACACCAAACAACAUAUCUGUGGUAGUGCAAAACCUGUCCAAUAGAAGGCCAGACAAUUCCUGA